AUGCUGCAUCGCUGCUUGCGUAGGCGCGCUGGGGGAGGCGCGGGGGGGGGUGGGAAGGGGCGUCGUAGUGGAGAGCCCAGACACGGCCGGAACGGCCACAAGCUCACGCACGCCUCGAAGAAACCCCAUGGUUGUCAGUUUUGCGACAAGUCGUACAGCGACGCCCGCUCCUUACGACGGCACUACGAGAACGCCCACCCAGAUGAGUACGAGUCGUGGUGUUUCCUUUCACGCGCGGCUGAAGAAGGCGAUGCCACGAUAGUCGAGGCCGUGGCGAAGAUGACGCAACUCUCCACGUCGUCCUGCUCCACCACCAACGGGGCCAGUGGUGCCGCUACCCUCGCACAACAAUUGGUCGCUGCUAAAGAGGCGGGUAACUGCGUCGUGACAUUCAUUCUUAUUAUCGUGACGUCACUAGUUGUAGCCAAUCAGGGGCCGGCAUCGCGAGCUGCACUCGCGUUUCUCGCACCUGUUGCGCAUUCAACAUCCGAUGAGCCAUUGGUGAAUGCUGUGCGCGCGUAUUUGUUGAACUCAAAUAAUUGCGUUGACGUUUCUAAUUUCUUCAUUCUAGCGAGUAGUGACAGGAGUUCACCGUGGCUGCCCAAUAACGGUGGCGGUGGUUGUGGAAGCGGUCGAACUAGUCCCGUCAUCUCUGACCAUCUGAAAGCAGUUCUCAUGGCUUUACCUCUGGAGGAGCCUCGUGUAGUCGCUUGCACCGUCUGUCCGCGGCGUUUCAAGAAUCAGUCGGCGUUGAAUGGUCACAUGCGUCUCCACGGGGGAUAUGGACUCAACAAUGUGGGCUCAACAUCGUCGUCUUCUUCGGUUUCGUCCGGGAAGCGGUCGCAGCCAUCCCAACAGCCGCCCUCGCCUCCUCUCGGGCCGCUUCCAUCCUCAUCGUCCAGAGCCGCUGCAACCAAACCAAAAAAGCACUUGUCAUCGACCCAUGAUCGUCCAAUGGGUGAUAUAAUAUUAAGGGAUUUAUCAGAAGGCAAUCAAUUACCUCGGCCAGAAGAUCCGAGUGUUUUUGAUUGGUCAGCGACUCCAACGACAGCCACGACCACUAUGACCACACCAGCAAGUGAGGCUGAUACGAGCCAGUCGCAACGCAGGACCCCUUCGCCUCAGCCGCAUUGCUCUUCUACCAAAGCCAACCUGCACUCACUUCGAAACUUGGGGCUCACCUCUCCUGGCGUGGAGGCGCCUUCGCCAAUGAACACCUCCCUGGUAAACAGUCAGUGGUCAGCCAGACAUGCUCCCGGUCUUCUCCAGCAGCAGCAGCAGUCGUCCUUCAACCCAGCGCUUACUAAGGAGAGGUUUCCAGGUGUACCAAUGUUUCCCUCCACACAAUCUCCAUUUUCUCUUCCCGAAGUUACUUCAAUCACGGAAAGUUCUUCGGGCUCGUAUCCUCCAACAGCGCCUUCAAGGUUGUCCUCGAGCCUUCCACGUCUUCACUCCGACCUUCAGUGUGUUGGGGAUUGUUCUGCUACUUGUCGCCAGGAGGAGAACGCAAGUCACUUCGCGCCAAACCCUCCACCGCCCCUCCCCGCCUACCCCGCUUUGCGGAAGCGCGCGCCCUUUGGCCAACAGCAGCAGCAGCAGCAGUUCCGCGCUGCCCCUGGGCUCGCUUGGUUCCAGCCUCAGCAUCCGCAGAUCGGCGACAGAGUCGAGAGUGACCUGCUCUUCUCGUCCGUCGCAUCGAACUUGCGCCUGAUGGAAACACAGCCAAUUGGCACAACCGCGUUUCGCGAUCAAGGCUUAUCUAGUGUUUUCCCUAACCCUCACCCAGGUCGUUACAUCUCCCGCCUAACGCCAGCGCCCUCUUCACCAUCAUCAUCAUCGUCAUCAUCACGCCUGUUUCAUAGCGCUUAUCCCUCUCAGCAGCGCCUCCCAGGCUCAAAAUUCGACCCCCUGGCUGCCUUUUGUGCGGCUGCCGCAGUUGCGGUCUCAGGGGACCCGGUUUUUUCACAGGCUGGUUUCUUUCCUGGUUAUUCGACAGCGGAAACCUCAGGCCCCCAGCCCCACUACUCGCCCAUAACCCCUGCGUCAUCUGGGUUUUCUAGCUCAACCUCAGCACCAGCUUUCACGUUCCCUCCGUCAGAAGCCCUCCUUUCCACCACUUCGCCCCCUUUACCGCCGCCUCCACCUGUAUCUCAAAAAAACAAGGAAUUUUACACACAGUCUAUGCAGUUCGUGUGUCCACCUAGGUCUUCGCCAUUUGGUGAGCCAGCAUCCCAACCUAGCAAAUGGGUUCCACCCCCACCGCCCUCCGUGGAGCCCUUUAUGUCCUCGUCGCCAUCCAUCACGCCAGCCGCACAGUUCUCGCCUCAUCGUCAGCGUUCCCACCAGCACUCACAGGUGUACCAGGUGCACGGAAGGACCCCACUUUACCCUAGUGCGGAUCAGCAGGAUGUCAAGCAGGAGACGCCGACUGCCUUCCCUUCCCCUGUCGCUCCGCACUUCGCCCAGCAGACCCCCGUCUACGACCAGCAGCGCCAUCCUGUUGGAAGCGGUCCGCGAAGUGUCUGUUGUGGGAAUAUUAGUGCUGAUGGUUUCAUGUUGUUUUCUGGGUGUGUUAACUCGGGAUUAUUCGCCCAUGCUUGUGUCAUUUCGUGCAGGUCGGUCAUGCGGCAUCCCAUGACUCCUCAGCACCACGCGUACGCCGGCCAUCCCCGAGCCUACUCUUACACGUCCACCACGACACAUGCUGCUUAUUCAGUCCCCAUAAUGUCCAGCCAGGAAAGGGUCUUCUUCCCCGAUGACCUUGACCCCCUCUUGGCCCUGGAAAGCGACGAGGAUUAUGGACGUCCAACGACGCCCAAAGUGGACACCGUCCCACCACUUCACCAGCAGCAACAGCAACGACAUCAGCAGCAGCCUUACGAGCAGAUUCAACUGAGUUCCGUACCCAGCCACAAGUACCAGUCCACCGCGCAAUUGGCUCAACCCGUUAGCGUGUUGCUUUCCGACGAGCCGAGUGUAUUUAGAAACCCCCAGGCUCCUCCACCGUCUGUCAAAAAACAGAAGAGGAAACCGGCUCCAAUUAUCAUACCCUCGUCAGCACACCGGCUCAACGCCUCGCGUCUUCGUUCGCCUCGUCUGUGGACUGUGAGCAGUGUUGGUGGACCCACCGCAAAUGCUAGCGUUAAGAACGAUCUACUUAGCGGCUUGCUAGAGCCCCCGCCUUACACCCCUCCGCCAAUGCUUUCGCCCAACCGUCGGGGAUCGGGGCUCUUCUCGUCGAUCGCCCGAAACAGGCGAACUCUGGCCAUCUGUUCUGCUGCUGCAGCUGUGGGAACUUUCAGGCCCCGUAAUACUCCUGUUCCAAUUCGAAGGGCUUCUCCCGCACCUCCGAAGUCGGCGCCGGCUUUCGUGAAGAAUGCCUCCUACUUCAGCCAAGACAUCAACCCGAAGGUGUGCUUGCUGGAUCUUAUAGGUCCUCUUUUCUGGGGGUCACGAUCGCGGGUCUUAAACCUUAUUCCUUUUUCAAUGUCACAAAGGAACUCGUGGAUGUUUGUCUUCGUUUACCCCUCGGUUCUGAGGCGAUGGGUGUGCUACCCUGCACUCUGCUCGCUUCGAAACAUUCAAACUUUGAUUAACGACCAAGCGGGUGGUGGCAUUGAUGGGAAUAGCGAUCGUUUGAACGGCCUCGGGGCAGCGACCAGAGCUAUUAUGAGGACUGUUGAAGACAUUGGUGGUAAAGACCAGGCCAAGCCCAAGUCUCUCUUCUUUGGCGAAGACGAGGAUGAUCUGGACGGACUGGUGGUAGUUUCACGGAGAAGAGACACUCCCGAUACCGAGGAGGCUAAAAGCAAUUCGCCUGGUGGUGCAUCAACUGGUACUUCUCGUUCCUUUUCCUCCUGUUGUUGUUCCCCUGUUCGUCACACAGUUGACGUCGAUGUGGAAGAAGAGGACGAAGAUGACAUAGUGGAGGAUAUUGGAGUUCCAAGCAAUUUUGAACCGAAAAUUAACAUCGGCCCCGCUUACCAGGUUGAAGUACCGGAAUUCGUCGAAGGCUCUUGCGAGCCGCCUUACCAAAACGACUCUAGAGCCUACGAAGUCCUCCUUUGGCACCCAAAGAACAUUGAUGAAAGUGAUCCCAAGACCGAAGAGUCUUUGGCGAAUCUAAUGAAUCUCGCCCGUUCUUCAGUGGUACGAAAUUGCGGUCUCAACAUGGAGUACACUUUUCACUUGCUUUGCAAGUUCCAAGGGGACUUUGAGACCACUUUACGCGCCCUGCUUCACGAGUCCUUCACUAUUUUCGAUCGAGUUUACUCAGAGACGGAGUACUGGACAACAGAAGAGAUCGAGAAAUUCCAGAGUAGUCUUCGUCGCCACGAUAAGGAUUUUCAUCAUGUGUCAGCAGAACUUCGUGCCUAUGGUAUGAACAAAUCUGUCAAAGCUUGUGUAGAAUUCUACUAUGUGUGGAAGCGUAUGAACACCCCACACGAGGUUAAUCGCUAUCGUGGCCGCAUUCAGCGUAGGGUCGUUCCAACACGAAGUGAAAGGUUGCUGCUGGAGGAGCCACAACCAUCAAGUGAUCUGUGUGAUCUCGCCGACUUGGACAACCACGGGUCCUUUGACCUUGGAAUGCAGGCGUUGGAGGUCGAUGCAUCCAGUGAUGGGACGACCUAUAAUUUGCGAAGAAAGCACACGAAUGGUGGAGGUAGUGACAUCCUGAGUGAAAUACCACCAAAUGUUGUAAGUUUCCCAUUUCAAGAGGGCAAUUUCCCCUGUCGCCAUUGUGGCCGCUCCUUUGCUAAAGUGAAGAGCAGAAAUGCUCACAUGAAAUGCCACGGUGCAUCUGCUGCCAGGGCCACAACCGCCAAAAAAAGAUUUUAUUGUAAGAGUGGAAACGGCAGAAGGGUUGGCUUUUGCGCUACACGGUGUGUGAAACUGCCAAGGCGGUUCGUGGCUUCAGGUGUAAAAUGCUCGGAAAAUUGCAUUGCUAAAUAUAAUGAACUGAAGCUAAAGAAAACUUGCCGUUUCAUAUUGUUCAAGAUCGAUGGGGAAAAGGAGAUCACAGUUGACCAAGUUGGUUGCAGAGAUUGUACGUUUGAAAACUUCAAAGAAGAGUUGAAUAAGCUUCGUGGAGAUGCGCGCUAUGCAGUCCUUGAUUUUGAGCCAGAAGCCAAUAAAUCCGACCUUGUUUUCGUCACGUGGAUUCCGUCUGAUGCCACCGUCCGCACCAGAAUGUUGUAUGCAUCCUCUGUUGAUGCUCUUAAGGCUCAUCUAACAGGAUUUAAAGGUGUCGUCCAAAUAACCGACCCGGAUGACUUGUCCGUUGAACACUUCCUGAGCUGCCUCCCCGCCUCUCGUGCUUAG